AUGUAUCUUACGGUCAACCUAGAGGAAGGCUUAGACGAGUGCGGAACAUGUCCAGGAAUCGGCAAGGGCUGCUUGUGGACGGAGGAUGGCUACCGGUGCGUUUGUAUUGAGCCUUUCGAGGAACAAGAAGAUGGAAGAUGCAGAUGUCCAGCUGGGUAUAAUUUCGUUGGCGAUAGGCAGUAUGCGUCUGAUAGAUGCGUUCAUGUUUGCGACGACCCAAAUGAAGAGUUCUGUGGGGAAGGAGAAAUUUGUGUCCCGCUAGAAAAUGGAGCAGAAUGUGUUUUAUCGGAGAAGAGCAUUUUUGAGUUCUGA